CCCCCACACACACACACACACCCCAAAAAAGGGUGCUAAUUUGCAGGCACGGACGCUUGCGAUUGGUCAGUGGCUGGUCAGAUGGUAUGGUAUUCCUCUGUCCCGCACUGGCACAUAGCCACCCAGCAACCCCCCCCUCACCUAAAACCCAAUCUCCGAUAAACUACUAAUAGCUAAACCGCUUGGACUAUAAAACACAACAAAUCAUAAACCAAGGAAAAGAACCGUGCCCUACCAAUGAGUUCCUAUUUUGUAAACUCCACGUUCCCGGUGACUCUGCCUGGAGGACAGGAGUCAUUCUUGGGACAGAUACCCUUAUACUCCUCCGGAUACACAGACCCUUUACGACACUAUCCCGGUGCUGCAUAUGGAACUAGCAGUGUCCAGGAGAAAGCAUACCACUCUUCCUUUUACCAGCAGACGAACGGUGCCUACGGCAGGGCGAACACCAUCGGUUCCUGCGAUUACGCAGCAGCAAGCUUCUGCAGGGAAAAAGACAACGCCUGUGCCCUCUCUAGCUUAGAAGAACACUCUCUUGUCCACGGUCAGGAGCACCGGAAAACAGAUUGCACAGAAUCGCUUGGGAAAAGCAUCUACGAUGGCGACGAACAGAAGCCGGCGGUGCCAGUGUACCCAUGGAUGCAAAGAAUGAACUCGUGCAAUGGGACCUUCAGUAACCCUGGUCGGAGGGGUCGUCAGACAUACACCCGUUACCAGACGCUGGAGUUGGAGAAAGAGUUUCAUUUUAACAGGUAUCUUACCCGCAGGCGCCGUAUUGAGAUUGCGCACGCUCUAUGCCUGACGGAACGCCAGAUCAAGAUUUGGUUCCAAAACCGACGGAUGAAGUGGAAAAAGGAGAACAAAUUAAUCAACUCAUCACAAACCAGUGGCGAGGAGAAAGACGAGAAGAGGACAGAAUGAAAUUAUGGCAAUGAGCAGACACCUCAAUAACUCAUCAGAAGGAAAAACUCUCCAUGUGCAUACAUUUGCUUCGGUGAAGUUGUAUUGGUAAAUUCGUUGUAGCAUUCCACUUAUACAUUUCAUGUUAUAUUAUGUCUAACUCUUACAUGAUGUCUCUAAUUAAUGUCUUUUUUAUGUGCAAAUUAUGAUUUAGGUUUUGUUCUUACAUCUAAAACUGAUAUGUUUAAUACAUGUAUUUUAAAUGUUAUAUUCGUACUCAUAUUUAAGCUGUAAAAAAUAAAAUAAAAUGAAACGAAAUGA